CCUACUGGCAAAGGGUCUAUCUCCUUGCUUCCUUUCAUCUAUCUUUUAUUUAAAGUAAUACUUUUCUAAACAAUAUUCUAUAAGCCCCCCGCGGAGCGGCGGCAUCUCUCGCGGUCCGGGCCAAGCGGCGCUCCUCGGCUGCGGGCAGGAGGACAGCGCAGCUCCCGCGUGUGCAACAUCUGAAGAGAUUUGCUGGAUGUGAAAAAUAACUUUCCCAAACCACCUUGGUGUUGUGCUGUGUUUGUUGGGACGAUGUUUGGGAGACUGAGUCUUCCGCAGCUGCUUUUCGCUGACAUCGUGGGAAUUGCUGGAAGAAUAUAUAUUUAUCAACCAAUAUUUGAACAAUAUUCCAAAGAUCAAAAGACGUUAAGAAAGAAGGUGGAAUUAACAGAAGAAUCAAAAGAGAAGAGAAGUUAAUGCUACAUGGAGUUGAACUGUAAUAACUGCAUAAAGUUCGAUUGGACUUGACAUUCACAAUA